AUGGCAGCCGCCAGCGAUUGGAGUGAUGUUCUAAAUGUCCAUCCGAUCAGCGCGAUUUUACGAGAAUCAAACCAGAAAGAUCCGAAAAGAAAGACACGAUCGGAUUCUAGAGGUCUGAUCGCAGUCCAAGGAAGCGACUUGUACAUUUGGGACAGCCACACGGCUAGUUGUCUAUAUACAAACUUGAGACAGCUUACGGCAGACGAUUCUGGUGCCGGCGAUUUGGCUAGGAAAUCGAAACGAAGCCAGUUUCAGACAUUGCUGUGUACAAAUACGCCAUCCUUUGAAGUGGAGAGACUACAGUUUUCACCCAGUGGCUGUCACCUGAGCUUGGCUGGGCCUGGGGGCGUUAUCGUUCUGGAGCUGCCUCAACGGUGGGGAAGAUUUGCAGAGUAUGAAGGAGGGAAAGAUGCCGUCUUGUGCAAAACUAUAUCAGUUGGGGAGCGGUACUUUUCAAACCGUAAACAGAUGAAGUUGUUAAAGGCUGAGUGGCACCCUGGUAGUGCAAAUAGUAACCACAUCACACUGCUCACCUCUGAUAAUGUUCUCAGCACUUACAACAUCAUUCAGCCUGAGCAACCUAUAGAAAUUAUCACACUUUCUGACGGCGAUGCUGGGAAUGUUUCGAGGUUUCAGGCUGUUCUGGGGGAUGUCGCCGUCAGUUUCGAUUUCGGCCAGCCAGUGGAAAUGGGUAAACAGAAGCAGACGGCAUGGCCAGUGUACAUCCUGAGGGGGAAUGGAGAUGUGCUGAUGGCAUAUUCCAACCCUAUGCUCUACACCAGCAGCCUCAAACCAGCGAAGAAUAAAUUCCCGGUACAAGGCCCGCUGCGGAUGUUCCCACCUGCUGAGGACAACUAUGGAACAGACGCCUGCUCCAUUCUGUCCCUCAACAGCGACGUCCCUAUCCUGGUCAUUGCCACCUGCUCAGGAACUCUACACCUGUGUGUUUUGUCACCGUCUAAAGAGGACUUUGAUGAUUUACAGUCAGAGUCCUAUUGGCGGACACCUGACUCGUCAGUUCUGUCAGCUGAUGUCCCCGAGAUGACCAUGUGUGUGUAUGAGAGUGUGGAGAUAGAGCUGUCACUGACCACCAUGUCAAUGCAGACAGGAGAGAUCAUCGAUGAUGACUUCAGCUGUCCAAUCAGGCUGGAGCGAGAUCCGGGCUGCUCUGACCGCUUUUACUGUACCCACGCUGCUGGCGUCCACACCGUGGCCUUGCCGUGGAUCACGAACAUCAUCAACUACUGCUCAGAUGACGGUACAGACGAGGACCUAUCUUCUGCCCAGGAGUGUGUUGUGGAGCAUCUAGUCUGUACCAAGCCCUUAGCCAGCAGUCCCUCAUCACCAGUGGGCGGAGUUUGUGUAGUAAGUGACCACACCCCAGGACCCACCCUUCUUGUACUGACUAAUGAGAUGGAGUUUAUUGCCCUGCCACUCAGCACAAAAUACAGAAGUGCCCCCACCCCUCUGGUGUCACUGUCACCCAGUAAGACUAUGAAGUCACCCCUGAGGCGAUUAAGCAAAGAGCCAUUUGAACAACACAUUCGAGGAUUACUCAAGAGGCAGACCUCCAACCCUCUGCUGAGGUCAAGCCAUGAAGCUGACCUUUCCCCACAAGAAUGUUUUGAGCUUCUUACUAGAGCAACACAAGUUUUCCGUGAAGAGUACAUCCAAAAACAGGAUCUGGUCAGGGAGGAAGUAGAAAAACGUGUGAAUAUCUUGAAGCGACAGAAGGAACAACAGCAGAAGGAUUUGAAGAUUUUGGAGCAGACCAAAAGUAGCAUGAGGAACAUGGCCGAAAAUCUGGCAGAGAAAUAUGAAGAGACCCAGGAGAAACAAGACGAGCUUCUCAAGAGGAUAGACGGUGUGACAAGGAAGCUCCAGUCGCGACUUCCUGUUCUGUCUGAUGCUGAGCGAGAACUUCAGAAAGAUCUCAGCAAGAUGAAGGACAACUUGAGACAUAUGGAAGCUCAACUAGAACAGAUUCGCAUAAAGCGCCAGUAUCAAGAGCGCCAAAUCAACCAGUCCAGAAAGGCAGGAUCAUCAAGUUCCGUCCUGAAUACUAACCAGUCAUCGCAGAUAAAAGAAGUUUUGAAUCAACAAAAUGAAGACAUCUGCAGCCUUAUGAAGAGUGUCAGCGAGCUUAAGUUAGAAGUUGGAACAUGAUGGCAGCCGUGUUUGAUAUCUUCAUCAAUGGUCUUCUUGUCGUCCUGCAGUGACACUAAACAGGAUCAUUUUUCCGUUUUCAGGUUCACAUACAGAUUUAUUCUGGCAUAAACUAACUGACUGAAACAAAGUGCCAGUGCUGACAAUCAUUGAGGUAAAAACAAGAUGACAUUGUGGUAUAUAAUGAAACUAAACAAAGGGGCAGUGCUGACAGUCAGUGAGGUAAAAACAGGAUGACAUUGUGGUAUAUAAUGAGGUGAAACAUAGUGCCAGUGCUGACAGUCAGUGAGGUAAAAACAAGAUGACAUUGUGGAAUAUAAUGAUGUGAAACAGAGUGGAAUUGCUGAAAACUAAUGAGGUGAAACCAAGAAAUCUUGUUGCAAAAGGUGGCGAAAUAGAGUGCCAUCUUUGAAAACAAACAGGGUGUAACCAGGCCACAUUGUUGAAAACUACUGAGUAGCCUUGCUGAAAGCCUAGUGUUAUGUGAAUAGCCAUAACAAAAUGCUGCAUUAAUCAGCCUACUUUCCGGUCUAGGAAUGUUCGUUAAAUUUUGUGUCAUAAAGCAAAGGUCGAAAUUAACAUUGUAAGUCUGCCCCAGGUGGACAUAAUUUGCUAGGGACAACCACAACCAGGCGCUUUCAUUAGGUUCAGUUAUAUAUUUCUAGCACUGAGACAAUGGUCGUUUUGGGGUCAGCCGGCUGGAACAUCUAAUUUCGAUCCCUGCAAAAUGUUGAUAUAAGUAGUUUGCCUGCAGUGUUUGUGAUCAAAAAGUUUCAUCAAGAUAACAGAAUAUUUUGUCCGCGGGUGAUUAUUUUCAGCACAGCCCGGUGCUAACAGGAAAACUAUUUAUAUAUACGUUCAUAUGUACGUUAGUGCAAGUACUUUAUGUUAAGUCUAAUGACAGUUAUCAUGGAACCACCAGGUUGCAACUGAUGUCACAAGAACAUUUGUGAAAGUUCAGCGAACAACAUUUUCCACAGAAUUGCCACGGACUGGCUGACAGUAUAUACAUGAUGUAGGUGAGCUUAAUCAUGGGUGCUACCACGGACAUCUU